AUUUUUUAUUCUCGCAGGUUCACACGAUCUUGUUCUUUGUGAAAGUAGUAGAUUUUUUCUUGUCUUGUUCGUUUCUAGCAAAAAGAGAAAAUGGGGAAUGAAACGUCGAUGCCCAUGGAGAUGUGUUCCACCUUUGACGCUGAUGAAAUCAGACGGCUUGGGAAACGCUUCCGAAAAUUGGAUUUAGACAACUCGGGUGCCUUGAGUGUAGAGGAGUUCAUGUCGUUGCCAGAGCUGCAACAGAAUCCGCUGGUGCAACGCGUGAUUGACAUAUUUGACGCGGAUGGCAACGGCGAGGUUGACUUUAAA